GGAAAACAUCACAGAACCUACGUCCCUUAACGAUGAUGACGAUGAUGAUAACAUGAAGACAAACUUUCCAAACACAACAAACCCAACACCUCGAAUCCUCACCCUCUUCUCCCAAGCAAAACAAAAUGGUGGCCGACCCUUAAACGUCUCGGCCCCGAUGGUGCGGUAUAGUAAACUCCCCUUUCGGAUGCUGGUGCGAGAAUACGGCGCAGAUGUCAUUUUUACGCCCAUGAUGCUCGCGCGGGAAUCGAAUCGUUCGCAAAUUGCUCGAGAUGCGGAGUUUACGACACAUGUGUGGGAGAUGGGUGGUGAUGAUGAUGAUGGUACGGAAGGGAGAGGGAGGAGGGGCGUUGAUGUGAUCGAUGGAGAUGUUGGUGGAAAUGGAGAUGGAAAUGACAAACAAGCACAAAACAAACCCGUCGUCAUCAUCGCCCAAUUCGCCGCCUCCUCCCCUCUCGAAUUCGCCCGCGCAGCAGAAAUGAUCGCGCCAUGGGUCGACGGCAUAGAUCUCAACUGCGGCUGCCCCCAAUCCUGGGCCAUCCAGUCAGGCAUCGGAUGCGCACUCCAAGACUCUCCCUCGCUCGUCGCAGAAAUGGUUCGAGCGGCCAAAACGCGCGUGGGGAAAUGGGGCAAAAGCGUGAGCGUGAAAAUUCGCAUCCACGAAGAUUUGGAGGUGACGAGGAGAUGGUUGCGGAUCGUGCAGGAGGCUGGAGUGGAUUUUGUGACGGUGCAUGGGAGAACGAGAACGCAGCGGUCGAGUACGAGGCCGGAUUAUGAGGCGAUUCGGAAGUUGAAGGAGGAAGGCGUGGUGAAAGUGCCGUUGAUUGCGAAUGGGGAUGCGUUUAGUCUGGCGGAUGUGAGGAGGAUUGCGGAUCUGACUGGCGCGGACGGAGUGAUGGCUGCGAGAGGCAUUUUGGAGAAUCCGGCCAUGUUUGCGGGGUAUGAAGAGGUUCCGGUGAGGUGUGUGCAGGAUUUUAUGUAUUGGGCGAUUAAGUGUCCGAUUCCGUUUCCGUUAGUGCUGCAUCAUGUGAGUGAGAUGACGGCGAAGAUGGAAGGGAUGGGGAAGAAGGAGAGGAGACGGCUGGGGGAGUGUAGAGAUCUGGUGGAUCUUAUUGAUUUCGUGGAGGACAAGUGGGGGUUGCCGAGGAGGCGAUGAUAACAUCGGUCGUCGAAUAUGGCUGGAGAAGCCUUGUUGUCCCCUGGCAGGAGAAUCGAUAACGUCCUCGAGUACAAUAGAAUUGUGCUCGCACGACUGAAACGCGGGUGAAGCUUUCUUUCACGUCGCCAAGUUCGUGCUCAGACUUUAAGGGCAACUCAGACGUGAGCGAACUCAUCAGGGCAUAUAAUCGAGCAUCAAAGCAAACCGACUCUCGAGCAUGGCCAUCCGUCCUCGUCUGCCCCUGCACAUAUGCAGCUGAUCAGAGUUCCGGCAACAAGUAGACCAUCAAGCUCAAAAUAAUGGAACGCCACAGAUAGCUGGAUGAAAAGGG